AUGCCCAUUGAAAUAGACAAGUCCUAUGAGAAGAGAGUCAUGAAGAUUCCAAAAGUAGGAAACAAGAGUGAGAAGAAGUUUCUUGGGGUGAGACAAAGACCUUCAGGAAGAUGGAUUGCUGAGAUCAAGGACUCCUCACAAAAACUAAGGCUUUGGUUAGGAACUUUUGACAAAGCAGAAGAAGCUGCCUUGGCUUAUGACUGUGCUGCAAGGCUUCUCAGAGGGAGAAAUGCCAAAACAAACUUUCCAAACCCUGGAAUCAUAAACACUCGUGAAGAAGACUGCAGCAUUUUGGGUAAGAAUCCUAGGACUUACCAACUUCUUAAGCGUGCAGUUAUGAAGAACCAUGGACUUUCAUCAUCUCUUUAUUCCACAUUCAUGCCUUGGAAAAACCAGAUCAUGAUGAGAGAUGAAUUUGACACCCUUGUUGAGGAAACUAUCGUUUGUUCCAUUCCUGAACAAGGCUCUGGCUGUUCUGGAAUUUCAUUUGGAAGUUCCAAGGUUUAUUCUUCUGUUGUUGUAGCUCCUUCUUUCAGUGCUUCUUCUCACGAUGAAACCCCCUAA